AUGGUCAUCUACUCCUUCUACAUCUUCGACCGCCACACCGAGUGCAUCUACAGCAAGCGAUGGUUGCGCCCGACUGCGAACCACGCGAAGGCCGGCCGCCCUACCUCUGGCGGCAGCCUUAUGAGCGAUGGUGACGGCCAGGUCGGGCGCAAGGCCCUGUCCAAAGAGGACGAUGCGAAGCUCAUGUUCGGCUCCGUCUUCUCCUUACGGAACAUGGUCAAGCAGCUGGGCGGAGAGGACGAUACCUUCCUUUCCUUCCGCACCGCCGAAUACAAGCUCCACUACUACGAGACGCCCACCCGCCUGAAGUUCGUCAUGCUCACCGACACCAAAACGAACAACCUCCGCAUAGUCCUGCAUCAAAUCUGGGCGAACCUCUACGUCGAGUUCGUGGUGAAGAACCCUCUCGCGCCUGUCGAGCACCCUGGUGGCGUAGGGGUGGCCAACGAGCUGUUCGAAAUGGGACUGGAUAGCUUCAUUGACAGCGUCUUUCCCGGAUGA